ACUAAAUUUGUCUAUGAAAGAUUUAAAAUUGUGAUCUUACGAUAAUUAUGACAAGUGAAAAACGAAAUGUCAACGUUGCCAAAAAGGAUGGGAUUCGACACAGGAAACUAGAUGCACAGAAUAAGAAUGACAACGCCAGCAUCGAGACAAAUUACGGAAAGGACUUCACUGACACUUCACCAAAAACUGGGUCUUUUGCAUCGUCUGCAGUCAGCAUAGAAACGGGCACAUAUUGGCUCACGCGCGUUGUUUUAAUACGUUAUUUAGGAUUUAUUUAUUUUGUUGCCUUCCUUGUUGCCCUUGAUCAAAACAAGCAGCUUAUUGGCCUGAAAGGUCUGCUGCCUGCAGACAAACAUCUUGACCAUGUGAAGGACAGGGCUCAAGGCAUCAACUGGGUUACCUUCAACUAUGUGCCCAGCAUCAUCUGGCUCUUUGACUACCAGCAGCACCUUGACGUGAUCCUCGACUACAUCGCGUACGCUGGGCUCGGUCUGUCAUGCUGUCUUAUUGUGCGUGGUUCCGCCAACUGGAUCGUCAUGCUUUCUCUGUGGAUGCUUUAUCAUUCUAUUGUCAAUGUGGGCCAGAGAUGGUAUUCAUUUGGAUGGGAAUCGCAGCUUCUGGAAACUGGCUUUUUGGCAACUUUUCUCUGUCCAGUGUUGAACGUUUCAGUUCUUCCAAAACACACUCCAACAUCUCGAGUCGUCAUCUGGGGAUAUCGAUGGCUUAUUUUUAGAAUAAUGUUGGGUGCAGGACUGAUAAAGAUAAGGGGAGACAAAUGUUGGCGAGAUUUGACUUGCAUGAAUUACCACUAUGAGACACAACCAGUUCCAAACCCAGUGAGUUACUACAUGCACCAGGAACCGGAGGUUUUCCACAAGUUUGAGACUCUGACCAACCAUUUCGUAGAACUGAUUGCACCUUUCCUCCUCUUCAUGGGACGCAGACUGUGCAUUGUGGGAGGAGUCAUCCAGAGCAUGUUCCAGCUGAUUCUCAUUACAAGUGGGAAUUUGAGUUUCUUAAACUGGCUGACUAUUUUACCGAGUCUGGCCUGCUUUGAUGAUGCCAGCUAUGCCUUCCUCUUCUCAAACACAAUGAUGCAGAAGGUUAGAGAUUUACAACAAGAACACAAACCUGAAAGAAACACACAACUCAGACUUGGUUGUUAUGUUAGAAGAGUGUUCAAUGUCAGUCUUGCUCUGGGUCUGGCGUACCUCAGCAUUCCUGUCAUACAGAACCUGAUGUCGUCACGUCAAGCCAUGAAUACAUCAUUCGACAACUUCCGGUUGGUUAACACCUAUGGAGCAUUUGGAAGCAUUACAAAGAAAAGAACAGAAGUGAUUUUCCAAGGUACGAGAAGUAAUGACCCAAGUGAUCCUAGCGCUGAAUGGCUGGAGUACAACUUCAAAUGUAAACCUGGCAAUGUGACGAGAAGACCCUGCCUUAUCUCCCCUUACCAUUACAGACUAGACUGGUUGCUGUGGUUUGCAGCUUUCCAGAACUAUCAGUAUAACCCCUGGCUUGUCCAUGUAGCUGUGAAGCUGUUGGCAAACGAUGAAGGAACAACAUCACUCAUAGCCCAUAACCCUUUUGAGGGAAAAUCUCCUCCCAAAUUUAUACGAGUGGAACAUUAUUCUUACAAAUUUACAAAGCUUGGCAGCAAAGAAGCAGCUGCUGGAAUCUGGUGGAAAAGAAAAUACUUGAAAAAUUAUUUACCUCCAAUAUCAUUAAAAACAAUAAAACCAUUUAUGAGGGAGAUGGGAUGGAAGCUCCCCAAAUUAAGGACUCCCUAAAACAUAUAUAUGUGUGUAUCUGAGUUUCUUACUGGUUUACUCGAGUAUUUAUGGGUGGUGGGAUGGAGGAUGUUUCUGAGUUUAUUAUUGGUGUACUUGUGUACUUGAAAGUAGGGCUGUCAUGUUUAAAUGGUAUUGUUUCAUUUAGGCCAUCUUAACGUUUAUUACAUUUGUUUAUGUUUAAAUGAAAAUAUCAGUGUUAUAUAUGACUGGUCAUUAGUAUUUUUUCUCUGUUUUCUUAAUAAGUAAACAAUAUAUAGUUGUUUUAUUGCGCAAGUCUCAAGUACUAUUAGUUUUAAAAUAAUUCCAAUAUAUAUUUUUAAAGUUUGUUUUCAAUCUUUGGGGUUUUUUUUUCUAAACAUAAAAUUCUUUAGAUAUGGUAUCAUAACUAGAUGAUUGUUACGGUUCACAAAUGCAGUGACAACCAGUUGUAUAGUUUAUUGUAUUUUAUCCUGUAAUUGUUUGUACUGACACAGAUUAAAGCAGGGUGAUAAACUUGCACUAGUCACUGGACGUAUGCCCUGCGUUUCAAUAGAGUAAAUUUACUUUGCUAAAUCUUUGUUUCUAUGGAUAUCAGUUUGUGCCUUGAGAGGUUUGUUUGUUUAAUGAAGUUGUAGAAAGGUAUUUACUGCUUGUACCUGUGCCCUGCUGUAUCAGUUCUAUAGAUAGCAGUGAAAGAAUCAUCUAUCUUAGUUGAAUGUCAGUACAAGCAAGUCAUGGCUGCUAUGUUCAUUAUUUCUUUUGGAAUCAGUUUUGUUCACUAUACAGUAUUGAAUUUGCUAUCAGUAGAUUCAUAAUUGGUAUGCAUGUUACAGCUAA